AUGUUUCAAUUAAUAAAUCAAGACCAAAACAAUUUAAAUACAUCUUUUCAACAUGCAAAACAAACUAUAGACGAUACUUUCUCUUUUCUUGUACAAACAGUUCAUGAAGCACAAAAAGGAUUGUAUACAGAAUUGGAAGGAAUUUAUGGAUAUAAACAGUUACAAUUAAAAAUGCUUGAAAAAGAAAUGGAAAAAGUCACAAAAUCAAUGUCGCAAACUAUUGAAUUUACACAACGUUUAAUUAAAUAUGCUUCCCCUACUGAGGUAAUUGUCUUCAAACCCCUUUUGGACUCCCGUCUUCAAGGCUUUUUAUCAUUCAAUGCGGAUGCCAAUCAACUCUUACGUAGUGAAACGUGUGAAAUUCGUUUAGGAGUGCCAGAUUUACAACAAGCUAAACAAGCUAUAAUUACACCAUUUAAUCAAUUGAGGGCUGGAGGGGCUUGGAUUAAUCAACAGAACAAUCAAAAUUUGAUCAAUUCCCCACCUCUCAAUCGUUAUCAAUCGCCGAGAGGAUUUUCUGAUGGAUUCGGGAACCCUUCAAUUUCUCUGGGAGGAACAGGAACACCAACAGGUCAACAUCACAGAGGUUCUAUUCAAAUAAGAAAUAAUGGAGGAGGAGGGCAUUGCUUUGAUUCUUCCGAUUUGUUUGGAACGCCUACAGGAAAUAGAGGGGGAGGAGGGGGUAUUUUGGCUACAUCAGCACCUACUGGAACUAAUGGAUUUGGGGGACAACAUGAUAAUAAGUGGUUGCCAAAUGACAUUUUGGCACUUUCUCAAGAUUUGAACGAUUUGAGCGUUUUUGGAGUUGAUGGAGGAGGAAAUUUAAAUUCUUUACAAAAAGGAGGAGGAGAUAUGGACCUUUCUGUUCCAAUUUUAUAUCCUCCACGUUCUCAAAUUAAACGACAAAAGAUGACAUAUAAUUGUAAAUUUGGAGAAUUUGGAGUUAUGGAAGGACAAUUUACUGAACCUAGCGGUGUUGCUGUUAAUGCACAAUUGGAUAUUAUUGUUGCUGAUACAAACAAUCAUCGAAUUCAAGUCUUUGAUCGCGAAGGACGUUUCAAAUUUCAGUUUGGGGAAUGUGGCAAACGUGACGGCCAAUUGCUCUAUCCAAACCGUGUUUCAGUUAAUUGUGUUACCGGCGAUUUUGUAGUUACUGAACGUUCACCUACUCAUCAAAUCCAAAUCUACAAUCAAUAUGGCCAAUUUAUUCGUAAAUUUGGAGCACAAAUUUUGCAACAUCCUCGAGGUGUUUGUGUAGACUCCAAAGGACGUAUUGUUGUUGUUGAAUGUAAAGUUAUGCGUGUUUUAAUUUUUGACAUGUUUGGGAAUAUACUUCAUAAAUUUAGUUGUUCACGUUAUUUGGAAUUUCCUAAUGGUGUUUGUACAACAGAAAAAGAGGAAAUUUUGAUUAGUGACAAUCGGGCACAUUCUAUUAAAGUAUUUAAUUAUGAAGGACAAUUUGUUCGUCAAAUUGGAGGAGAGGGUAUUACUAACUAUCCUAUAGGUGUUGGAAUAAAUUCGAAAGGAGAAAUUGUUGUAGCUGAUAAUCACAACAAUUUUAAUUUGACUAUAUUUUCACAGGAUGGAACUUUAAUUGGUGCUUGUGAAUCAAAAGUUAAACAUGCACAGUGUUAUGAUGUUGCUCUUCUUGAAGAUUCUGUUGUUUUGGCUAGCAAAGAUUAUCGUCUCUACAUGUACAAAUAUCAACAAAUUUGAUUUAAUAAAAAAAUCUACUAGUUUUAUUUUUGUUUUGUUUUAUGUUUUGCAACAGCAGCGCGGCUUUUUUGUUG